AUUGAUUUGAAAUCUUAUUGAUUAAAAGUUGACACACCUCUCCUCUGUCGAUAGGGCUUCAUGCUUACAUGAGAUAAGAACUCGUAAUGUUAAUUUGAUAUUGUGAAGCUGGCUGGCAUGAAAGUGUGAGAGAAACCUAGCAAGAGAAAUUCCUGAAGUGCAAAUCGAAUUGUGAUCAGCAUGAGUUGCUGCCUCAGCGAAGAGGCGAAAGAGUCGAAAAGGAUAAAUGCAGAAAUAGAAAAGCAACUGCGGAAAGACAAGAGAGAUGCCAGGCGCGAGCUCAAGCUCCUUCUUCUGGGAACCGGAGAAUCCGGCAAAAGCACUUUCAUUAAACAAAUGCGAAUUAUUCACGGAAAGGGUUACAGCGAGGAAGACCGAAAAGCUUUAAUCAAUAUUAUCCACAACAACAUUUUCGUAGCAAUGUCUAGCAUGUGCAGUGCCAUGAGGACCCUCAACAUUUCCUACUCCAUUGAAGACAAUUAUGAGCACGCGGAGUUGAUCCGGAGUGUGAAUGCGGCCAAUGACACGAGUGUGCGUCUGGAGGCGAAACACGUGGUGGCCAUCAAGUCCCUCUGGCAGGACAUGGGCAUCAAGGAGGCCUACGACAGACGCAGAGAGUACCAACUUCCAGACUCAUCACACUAUUACUUGACUAGCAUAGACAGAAUCAGUAGUGGGGAUUAUGUGCCGACGGAGCAGGACGUGUUGCGGGCGAGGGUGCCGACCACGGGCAUAGUGGAGUACACUUUUCUGAUAGAGAACAUCACUUUCCGCAUGGUGGACGUGGGGGGCCAGAGAAGCGAGCGGAGGAAGUGGAUCCACUGCUUCGAGAAUGUCACAUCCAUCAUGUUCCUAGCUGCUCUGUCCGAAUACGACCAAGUUUUAGCCGAGUCCGACAACGAGAAUCGAAUGGAAGAGAGCAAAGCGCUGUUCCGCACAAUAAUCGCAUAUCCUUGGUUCCAGAACUCCUCGGUCAUUCUCUUUCUCAACAAGAAGGACCUGCUGGAGGAGAAGAUCAUGUACUCACACCUCAUCGACUAUUUCCCAGACUACGAUGGGCCGGAAAAAGAUGCGGUUUGUGCGCGAGAGUACAUUCUAAAGAUGUACGUGGAGCUAAACCCGGACGCUGACAAAAUCAUCUAUUCUCAUUUCACUUGUGCUACCGAUACGGAAAACAUUCGAUUUGUUUUCGCCGCCGUCAAAGACACAAUUUUACAACUUAACCUGAAGGAGUAUAACCUAGUAUGAGUUGAUUGGACACGACACGACUUCAAUCUCCAAUGAUGUCGAGGCAAUUCCUUCCCCUCGGAAAUGACUUACCCAACACUCCCCAAAAUACUCUUUCAAUUAAGUUAGACAAACCAGGUACGCUUACUUGAGUACAAUACAGAUAAUUUAACACUAAUUUACGAUAGAAUUCGAAUUAUAGUAAUUUAUGAAGAAAUUGUUGCCAGCUUGAUUUAUUGUUACAAUAAUGUCAAAUUCGUUAUUUUUGCAAUGCGCCACUUCUGCUGUGAGAAAGUUUCUUUCUUGGGCGGUCAAUUUCAUUGCUGUAAAUUUAGUGCACUCUACUAAGUUGGCGCACAGUUUUUGCAGUGCAGUUUUAUCAAUGGCUAUUAUAGCCAGUAUGAUGUUUUUUGUUCUAUUCUCUUCUAUUUUUUUGUCAAGGUUUUCGUUUGAAAGUAUUUUUGAUAGUUUAAGGGAGUAAAGUGAUUUAAGCAGAGGUUUGAAACUAUAUAAAUUAAUAUCUCAAUUUAUAAAGUUUGCUCAAUUCAAAGUUGCUUUAUAUCAUUGCAAUAGCUAAGCAGUAAAUGACAACAAGCCGACAUCCUCUUUUAGAAGGAAUUUUAGUUGAAUAUUCAGACAGAAUAUUCGCAUUUUGACAAAAUAUUCGCAUUUUGAAGAAAGAAAAUUGUCUGCUUGUUUAUUUAGAAUCUAGUGUUUUGAGUUGGAAAACAAACGAGUGAAUUGUCUCAGUAAUUUUUUUAAACCAUUUUA